CGGGGGCCGCCAUCUUUGUUUUCCUCCUCUGCUAGCGCCGCGGCGGGGCCCGAGCGAGGCCGGGCCGGGGCAACGAUGCUGGCCUCCCUGCUGUCCAGACCUCCGCCUCCGGGCCUCGCCCGGCUCCUGAGGGCCCGGCCGCCGCCCCCGCGGCCCUCCCGUGGCGCCUCGGCGCGGACAGACCCGGCGGGCGAAGGCGGGGCCGCUGGGGGGCGCAGGGAGCCGCAGUACCCGGGAGCGGCCGCUAGGGGGCGCGGGGCGGCACAGCUGCAAUCCCAGCGCGCGGCCACCAGCGCCCAGGGGCUGCAGCUGCAGUGUCUGCGGGCAGCCGCGAGGGGGCGCAGGGAGCUGGAGGGGCUGCAGGAGCUGGGCAUGGGCAUGGGCAUGGGUGAGUUCAGGCUGCCAGAGCUGCAGGAGGUGGGCCCAUGCACCACAGGGGCCAGGGCACCAGAGCUGCUGUUCUUAGCUGCACCCAGCCGGGAGCUGGAGCUGCAGUACCCAGGACCGGCUGCGGAGUGGCGGCUUCGUCUCAGACCAGACCCCACGGGGCACCAGAAGAAGAGGGAGAGCUGGACUUGCCGGGCCGGGCUUCCUGCGUUUGCUGCUGCACUGGUGUAUUGCUACAGCAAGGGCCACGCGUCCAAGGAAGAUGCCCUGUUGGAAGCCGCAAGGAUCAACAACGUUUCAGAAGUCGACAGGUUGUUGUUGGAAGGCACCAAUGUGAAUGCUAGGCACAAGCUUGGCUGGACAGCCCUCAUGGUAGCAGCUAUAAACAGAAAUUCUAGUGUGAUAAAGAUCCUCCUUGCAGCUGGUGCUGACCCAAACCUUGGAGAUGAAUUCAACAGCGUGUAUGAGACUGCCAAAGAAAAGGGACUCCAUUCAUUGGAAGUUCUGGUAACCCGGGAGGAUGAUUUCAACAACCGCCUGAACAACCGAGCCAGUUUCAAGGGAUGCACGGCUCUGCAUUACGCUGUGCUCGCUGACGACUACGUGACUGUCAAAUUGCUGCUAGACGGAGGUGCCAGCCCCCUGCAGAGGAAUGAAAUGGGGCACACACCACUGGAUUAUGCCCGUGACGGGGAGGUCAUGAAACUUCUGAAAGCGUCGGAAACAAAGUUCCAGGAGGAGCAGCGUAAAAGAGAGUUAGAGGAACGACGCAGAUUUCCACUGGAGCAGCGGCUAAAAGAGCAUAUCAUUGGGCAAGAGAAUGCCAUAGCAACAGUGGGAGCUGCAAUUCGGAGAAAGGAAAAUGGCUGGUACGACGAAGAACAUCCCCUGGUUUUUCUGUUCUUGGGAUCAUCAGGAAUAGGUAAAACAGAGUUGGCCAAACAGACAGCCAAGUACAUGCACAAAGAUGCCAAGAAGGGUUUCAUUAGACUGGACAUGUCAGAGUUCCAGGAAAGGCAUGAGGUUGCCAAAUUUAUUGGCUCUCCGCCAGGCUACGUUGGCCAUGAAGAAGGUGGGCAGCUAACCAAGAAGCUAAAACAGUGCCCAAAUGCUGUGGUCCUCUUUGACGAGGUGGACAAAGCCCAUCCAGAUGUUCUCACCAUUAUGCUGCAGCUCUUUGAUGAAGGCAGGCUGACGGAUGGGAAGGGAAAGACCAUUGACUGCAAGGAUGCCAUCUUCAUCAUGACCUCCAACGUGGCAAGUGAUGAGAUAGCCCAGCAUGCCCUGCAGCUCAGACAGGAGGCCUUGGAAAUGAGCAGGAACAGGAUUGCCGAAAACCUAGAUGAUGUCCAGAUGACUGACAAGAUAACCAUCUCGAAGCAAUUCAAGGAGAACGUUAUUCGCCCAAUCUUAAAGGCUCACUUCCGAAGAGAUGAGUUUCUGGGAAGGAUCAACGAGAUCGUUUAUUUUCUCCCGUUCUGUCACUCGGAGCUGAUCCAGCUGGUCAGCAAGGAGCUGAGCUUUUGGGCCAAGAGGGCCAAAGUGAGACACAACAUCACUUUGCUGUGGGACAGGGAGGUGAUGGAUGUGCUGGCCGACGGCUACAAUCUGCACUAUGGCGCCCGGUCUAUUAAACACGAGGUGGAGCGUCGUGUUGUGAACCAAUUAGCUGCCGCCUACGAGCAGGACCUUCUGCCAAGAGGCUGCACCUUGCGAAUCACGGUGGACGAUUCGGACAAACAACUGCUGAAAACCAAGGACAGCUCCUCCCCUGAGGAGGAGGAGAGGAAGGCCCCGACGCUGCGGCUGGAGAUAGUCGAGAAGGACAGCAAAAGCCGAAAACUGGACAUCCAGGCUCCCGUGAGCCCUGAGGAAAUGUCCUUUAUGUUAUAGGCACAGGGAACGCCUCGCACACCACGUUCAGCCAAAACGGCCCACGGCGGCACGCUUCCGGUUGUACUGGUCAUCAAUAAAAUAACCACGAGACACGGAAUUUGCAAAAUGGCCCAUCAAUGAGUAAGGACAAUGGUGGUGGAUCCCGGCCCCCGGAACUGGAGGGUGGGGUUCUGGAAGGUGACGCUCUCUUUUUUUUUUUUUUUUGUUAUUGACUCUCCUAGGCAGGAGAGACCAUAGGCUAACUCUCCUGUGUCUGCACUGAGUCAGGGUCGGACACCUCCAUCGCAGGCUAGAGCCCUAGCCACUGUCCCAGUGACGCACCAUGCUGCCAUUCAGUUUACCUGAAGGAUGUGGAGAGGGGGUGGAUAUAUUGCAGCAUGGAAACUGUUCAAGUCAGAGGAAGUACGUAGGGGUUUUCAAAGAGGAAGUUAAGGCACAUUCCAAGUCAGACCAGCUGUAGCGAGUCUGGCUCCGGUAAGAAUUUCUGGAGAGAACAGAGGUGUAUGGACAGCUAACCGCAGAAUGUGCAGGGAUGGCUUUGCAGCUGAGAGGAGCCAUGUCAGAUGCUUGACUUUGUGACGGCUUGGUUUUCACAGUCCGCGUGUGCCCCCCGGCCCCAUGGGCUUCAGACACAUGGUUUAAUUUAUUUCAAUAAAAUUCAAAAUCUUUAUAUGGCAUCCUGCUUCCUAGCAAGGGUGGAGGGAUUGCAAUUGGUAGGAAGGAAAUGGGGAUUUCCCCUCCCUUAUGAACAGGAGCAAGUGGUGUAAUGGUUGACUACAGUAACUUACCUGUCUGUGAAACCCCUCCCUUGCCAGCUCUCAAAUGGGAACCAUGAAUAAUAGAGACGAGUUUCCAUCUUUCAGUCCUGGCCUGGUGAGAUCAUGGUAUAAACCCAUUCACUGAAUGCUGAUGCUGUUCCUCACGCUUCCGUCUCUCUGCCGCUGGCUAGAUGGUCUCUGCUCUGCGGGUCGCCUUUCUGGCAAAUAUUAAAUAUUUCAGUGUUAACCUAAACGUCUUCGCUGUCUGCGAUGUCAGAGCUCAGAGCAAAGUUCCCCGGGCCAGACAAAUUGAAAGAUGCAUUGUCUGUUACAAGUAAAAAUUGGAUUUGUUCCCUGA